CCACCAGAAAAACUCAAGACGGUUGCACGGUUACGACAAAUUCAACGCGGACUAAUGAACUGGCAACGCGAGGCAGGUUAGGUUUAGGUCAGCGCCAGGCAACACCAGCCCACACCCCCCAGGACACCCUUUAGCUGUUCUCAUUCCCAGUCCCCAGUAUCUCUUCAGCAUGCUGUGGAUAUGGGUGUGCUGCCUUGCGCUGGCGGCGGCCUUCCCUGAGGAGCCCGCCAGCACGCCAGAGGGUGGAGAGUCGAUGGAGGAGCUGGAGGCCAAGGCGAGGAUCUUCCUGGAGGAGAUAAACGCGCAGGGGUCGGUGGAGUGCACGCAGGCGACCAUGGCCAACUGGAAAUACGCCUCAGACAUCACCGAAAACCACAGGAAGGAAAAGGCAGCGGCGCAGAUCAAAUACGCAGCGUGGGAGAAAGAAUCGUGGCAGAAGGUGAAUAAAUGGAAAGGGAAGUGGCAGAAAAUGAGUGAUCCUUCCAUCAAGAGACAGUUCAAAUUCCUGUCCAUCCUUGGCACUGCAGCGCUGCCCAAGAUGGAACUGGAGAAGUACAACAACCUGAUCACGGAAAUGGGUACCAUCUACAGCACUGCUAAGAUUUGCGACUACAAGAAGAAAGACUCGUGCAAACUGAACCUGGAACCCGAACUGACGAGGAUCCUGCGCACCAGCCGGGACUAUAGUGAGCUGGAGCACGUGUGGAAGAUGUGGCGCAGUGCUUCUGGGAGACGUAUGAGAGGUCACUACCAGCAGUUUGUUAAGCUCGCCAACAAGGCCGCGAAACUCAAUGAUUUCGAGAACAUGGGUGAGAUGUGGAUUUAUCCAUACGAGUCCGACACCUUCCGUAGUGACCUGCAGCACCUGUUCAUGCAGCUCAAGCCUCUCUAUGAACAGCUGCACGCCUACGUCAGGAGGAAGCUGCGAGAGUAUUAUGGUGAGGAGCACGUGAGUAAGCGUGGCCCCAUCCCAGCACACCUGAUGGGCAACAUGUGGGCACAGUCCUGGGCCGAGAUUUAUGACCUGGUCAUCCCCUAUCCUGGCAAGACUUCAGUGGAUGUGACCCCUCAGAUGGUGCAGCAGGGUUAUAACGCACGCAGAAUGUUUGAACUGUCCGAGGAGUUCUUCACAUCACUCAACCUGACGCGCAUGCCAGACGAAUUCUGGCAGAACUCUAUCAUUGAGAAGCCACAGGGACGCGAGCUGGUGUGUCAUGCCUCUGCCUGGGACUUCUGUAAUGGCAAGGACUUCAGGAUCAAACAGUGCACAGACAUCACAAUGCGAGACCUGAUCACUGUACAUCAUGAAAUGGGCCACAUUCAGUAUUACCUGCAGUACAAGCACCUUCCUUUAGUGUUCCAGCAUGGAGCCAACCCAGGUUUCCAUGAGGCUGUGGGUGACGUCUUGGCUCUCAGCGUGGCCACACCCAAGCACCUGCACAAAGUUGGACUCCUGGAUCACGUGGAGGAGGACUACGAGGUCGAUAUCAACUUCCUGAUGAACAUGGCACUCGACAAGAUUACCUUCCUGCCAUUUGGUUACCUGAUGGACCUGUGGCGCUGGGAUGUGUUCAGUGGUCGAGUGCCCUUCAGUGGCUGGAACUGUUUGUGGUGGAGGCUGAGGUAUGAGCUUCAGGGGAUCAAGCCUCCAGUGAUGCGGUCAGAGUAUGACUUUGACCCAGGAGCGAAGUAUCACAUUGGAGCCAACGUGCCCUACAUCAGAUACUUUGUGAGCUUUGUGGUUCAGUUCCAGUUCCACAAGGCUCUGUGCAUGAAGGCUGGGGAGUAUGACCCACAGAAUGCCUCUAAACCUCUCCAUAAGUGUGACAUUUACCAAUCCACUGAGGCUGGCAAUGCUCUUGGGGACAUGCUACAGAUGGGGUCCUCUAAGGAGUGGCCUGAUGCUAUGGAGGCGCUGACUGGUGUCCGGGAGAUGGACGCCUCAGCUAUCCGGGAGUACUUCAGCCCCUUGGAGAUGUGGCUGAAGGAGGACAAUGAGAAGCACGGGGAGUUUAUCGGCUGGGAGACUGAUGAAAAAUUCUGCUCCUCUGAGGGAGUGAGUGGGGGAGCUACUGAGGGAAUGAGUGAGGAAGCCACAAGUGAGCCAACAUCUGCUGCGCUCUGCUGCACCCCUGCCUCCCUGCUGCUGCUGUUACUGGUGGCUCUCCUCUCCCGCAUCUGCUGAUCCACUGACUACACCCCUGACUCUUCCUCACCUACAGUGUUUGAAUAUUCACUUCUUUACUUUUAACCGUGUUCCACUUUUUGUUUUUAUCAUGCACAGUCACUCUCUGAAUUGCCAUAACUUCUAUAGGUCUGACUUUGUUACACCUUUUGUUCUUUCAUCCUCACUCACUCUGAAUCUCUGUUGCUGUACCUUUAAUUGUGUUCUUUUCUUUGUUCAUUUACCCACACUCACUCUCUCUGUGUGUUCUGUCCCUCUACUCCAUAUCCCCUCAGUGUCUUUACUCCUGGUGCUCCAUUCAACACUCUUGCCUGACACACUGUGCUCACCAGUGCCGGCCUGCUCACUGCCAUGCCACACUUCAUCUGGUGACAAGUGGAGUGAAAGCCAUUUUUUUAUUUAUUUUUAAGGAAAGUUAUUUUUAUUUUCAUGAAAGUAUUUCCUUGUUCAUUGAUGUCAUUUUAAUGGCUAGAGGCUUUUAUCAAAGAUGGAUUAUAAAAAGAAAUGUUUUAAUAUAUUUUUAUAGUGUAAGUUACAAAUGCCUUAUAUUUAUGAUGAAGGUUGUAAAGAUUUUGUUAUCCUGAUUGUGCCUUUUAACAAAUGUUUAUCCUGCAAGCAACAAAAGCAGCUUAGAUUGAAAGUGACCAAGGCAGGGAUGGAUCUUUAUCAACACCAAAGCUAGUAAAAAAUUUUAACAAAGAUUAUAUGAAUGACCUAGUUGUAUAUUUGUUGUAAAGAUUCACUUGUACUUAUAUCUACAGACUCAUACAAAUUUAGCUGUAUAUAAUAUAAAUUUGUAACUUUACCUUGAGUGGUCUAAUGGAGAGUUUUCUUCUAUGGCCACUCAUUGUGAAGGAUUUCCCAAAUGUAAACACAAGACAGGCAUGUAGACACGUAGCUCCACCACACGUUAUGCUUACUGUACAAGAAUAAAUAACUGUUUUGCGGUAAAUGAUAAAUUA